CACUCACUGAGCCUAUUGAUAUAUAUAGUGAAUGGAUUGAUGAGUGUGAGCGUGUCAACACUGUUGAAGGCGACGAUGAUGCGUGAGCUUGCCCCAUGCGAUGAAACUGUUACCUACAAUCGUAAUGUAAUGUGCUGGUAUUCUCGAAUGCCAUAGCCCAUAGUCAGCCAUGGCUUGGAAUAACGUAGUGGCUGACUGAUAUGCCAGUAGGCACCUGUCUAGUACUUACAGAACUACAAAAAGUUUGUACUAUACAUAUAUGGACAACCUUAUAAGUGGCUAUGUGUGUACCUAUCCUAACGCUUAUCCCAGAUGGUGUAUCAGCGUUUUUCUGUGAGAUUGUUUUCAAGCAAGGGGUUGUUCAUUCAUUGGGUCUUCUCGGGAAAAAGAGAAUUAUGCUGCAGUCAACCAGAUGGCCGCUGUUGUGCCGACAAUACAGGGUAAACCAAAUGCAACCAGAAUAUAAUCUGCAGCGGAAGAUAUUCAUAGAUACAAUUGUUUUCAGUUCAUUCAACGCUGAAAGCGGUUUCGGUCUGGAGGCUGAGCUUUGGAUCAUUGGAUGGCACUAUGCAGCUUUGGCACCUGGAGUACCGCUCAUUAGUUUUUCAUAAAGUCCCGUUCAUUUCUUGUGCACAUUGCUGGAGAUUGAGAGAUCGAGAUCAAGACUGUACGCAUCAUAAACCGAUCAGUCUAUUCUUUGCUGUGUACACCUGGGUUGUCUUUGUGCCUGUGGUCUCUGCCAGGAGGGUGUUCUUCGAAGUUUGAAGUACAUGUGGUUUGUGUCUUAAUGCAGUUCGGUUUCAUGGACGGGUUGUCAAGUGUUUUACCAGGAACAGUUGUCGGUGCAGCAGUAUGCUUAAUCAUGAAUAAAUGAUUUUUGUAUUUAAAUCUGGGCGCGCGGUUUGGUUUGCAUUUCUUCUGGUUUUCUUGUGCGUUUCUUCUGUUCUUUUAAGUGAAUGUUGUCUGAGAUUUGUCGUUACAGGUUCACCACAUGUUCUGACAUGGAUUUCUAGUUUUGAUUGAAUGCAUGAAAGACAGGUUUAUCAGUAUUGAAUGCUUUAAUUCUUGCAAGAGUUUUCAGGUUUAUGAUGGACAUCGUUGAGAGUUUCGGGUUCGAAUGUUUCCCUUGAGCACUUCACAUCCAGGUUUUGACUGUAUGCUUGCAGUAAUUUUUAGGUUCGAAUGUUCCAAGUAUCAGCCUGGAGAACAGGGCGUUUCGGAAAUUUCGGAACUGCUGAGUAUUGGAGACGAGCUAUAGCGCUUCCUUCAAGAAAUAUAUUGAAGAAGCGCUUUACAUUUAAAUAAGACCACUCCAUUUUUAUAAAAGGGGAGGUUUGGUUAAAAAUAAAAAAGAAUUCAUUAUAUUUCUUUCUUCUACCUUCAAUUUUAUAUCAUAUUUUAAAUCUUAGUCCGUAAAAUUGUACUUAGGUUCCAAGUGAUCGUGACGGCGAAGGUUUCAUAAAAAAAUAUUUUCAAGUUAACUAAGUUUGGAUUUUCUUCUCUAAACCUUUGAAAUCUAGAGCUUUAAACCUAGAGGUUUAGAGCUAAAACGAGCUUUACACUUAAAAGUUACCUUUAAGUUACUAUUCAUAUUAGAGCUUAAAAGUAAGUUAAGGUGCCCUAAAAUUUUCAUAGGAGAUACAAAUAGGUACUAAUUAUACUAAAAUAUUUUAUACAGAGCACUAAAUUUUUUAGUUGAAGAUAUUUAAAUAGCUCAUAAAUAUGCUAAAUUAUUCUAUGUAGUACUCGUUUAUUAGUACUGGGAGAGACGGAGAGUAGUACAAUAGCUUUACUUGUUGGGCUGCGCAUCGUAAGCCUGUCCCGAUCAUCACAAACAGACGGCCCAUAAUUAAAACUGGGCUGGAGCCAGCAAGCCACUAACAGACAACCCACAAAGAUAAAAUUGGGCUGGAGCUAGUGAGCCACUAACAGACAACCCACAAAGAAAACUGUGGCGGGAAGCGCGCGAACCAACCAAACCCUAUCUAUUGUUCGUCUGCUCUACUCCUCCCUCCAAAACCCCGUUGAAUCCGGUUGCUCAUGGCAGCAUCACCCACCUCCAAUGGCGCCGCAGCUCGCCGCAGCUGGCCCGACCUUAUACGCGCCUCGCUUUGGCACCGCCCUCCCCUGCCGCGCCCGGACAAGGAAGCCGGUCUCUCGGCGCCGGGCCGCGCUCCCCAAGGAUGAGGAUUAUUACUUGAUCGAUGCGGAUGAGUCCAUUGGGGAUGGCUUCUCGUUCAGUGGAGGGAAGUACGGGGAUGGACCAAGUAAGUCGGAUGAGUGGUUUGCUCAAGGGAAAAUGGUAAACGCUUACCCAGUAUAUGGGGACAAAGGGAAGGCAAAAGAUCCAUUCUUUGGCCUGACGAUGGGAUCAGGAUCUCAAUCUUCAUAUGAUAUUUUCAGAUGGUUCUGUGUGGAGGCUGGGAGCUCUUCUAGUCCUAAAGUGCUUUUAAUUCACGGCUUGCCAUCGCAGGCAUACUCUUACCGCAAUGUGAUGCCUGUACUGGCGGACAAAUAUCAUGCCAUUGCUUUUGAUUGGCUCGGGUUUGGAUUUUCUGAUAAGCCUCAACCAAAAUAUGGUUUUGACUAUACACUUGAUGAGUAUACUUCAUCCUUGGAAUUUCUAGUCAAUGCUGUUGCUCCUGAUAAGCUCUCUAUUGUUGUUCAGGGCUACUUUGCUCCGGUUGCAGUCAAAUAUGCUAGUGAACACCAAGACAAAUUGAAUCAUCUUGUACUAGUGAAUCCACCAAUAACCGAUAAACAUUUGAACCUUCCAUCCACCCUGGCUUCGUUCAGCAACUUCUUGUUGGGUGAGAUAUUUUCUCAGGAUCCUCUCAGAGCUAGUGAUAAGGUAUUGACUAGUUGUGGUCCAUACAUGAUGAAGGAAGAAGAUGCUAUGGUGUAUAGAAGGCCAUACCUUGUCUCUGGUUCCUCGGGGUUUGCACUUAAUGCAAUAAGCAAAGCUAUGAAAAAGGACCUUAAGGCUUAUAUUGAAUCCAUGAGAAGCAUAUUAAGAAGCAGUUCGUGGAAAACAAAGACAACAGUAUGCUGGGGCAUGAGAGAUCGUUGGCUAAGCUAUGAUGGGGUGGAAGAAUUUUUUGGAGGCCUAAACCAGAAGAUUGUAGAACUGCCAAUGGCGGGGCACCAUGUGCAGGAGGACCGUGGUGAAGAAUUAGGCAAUAUAAUCAAAAGUAUACUGAGGCUUGUACCAUAUUGUAUAUUAGGAUUAGAUUGCAUUAUGAAGGAACGACAGAGACAAGAGUCAGACAGGAAACAGAACUCUUGUGUUAUUUAAAUGCUUUCCCGCCCCUAGAAAGCAAACCAACUAUUUUGUUCAAGGUUAGUUCAUCCCCAGCGAACGAGUGCAAGCUCCACAACAGCAGAUGAUGACUGCGGAUCGCGUGCAGGGGGUGAGGCUCUAGAGCGUGCCAAGAACCAGAUGCUUUACGAGACGCGAGACGGGUCUCAGCGGGUGCCCUUUCUUGUCUCUGGCAGGGGUCAAAAUGUGGCGAAGCAAUAGGAUACGAAAAAUUGAGUAUGAUGCACGGGGCAAUCCGCUCUAUGCAUCGAUUUUUAUCAAGAGAACGCCACCCUGAACUCAAGCGGCGAUGUGGAACAUUUUCAGACAACAACAAUUGAUUGACGACCUUGCGAAAUCUUUUUUUUUCUCCUAAACUAAAGUAGCAGAACUAAUGAAAUAUAUCCAAAAAAAAGGAAGGAAGAAAGAAAAGGUAUCGCCGUGCGUGCAUGUAUCGGUCACUUGUACGUUGCUCGUGCAGUGCAGUGCAGUGCAACGACGGCGACGUUCUGUUGGAA